GGACGCCCCACAUGGAGCACAGACAGAAAGCGAAUCCGAACGUCCAUCUUCAAAGAUGAUGACAUAUACAUGGACCCUCUCCAAAUUCACAACGAAGAACCGAACAAAACAAACUACCUGAACAGAGCAUCACCAGACGAGUGUGUAUACACCCGGAACAACGUAGGAAUGAACGCAGUCCUCAUAAACAAAAAAUACAUGGACCUAAAGUGUAUUAACCAGUUGUAUAAGGAGCUACUAAAUGGAGAGAUCAAUUUCACAAAAAGGUUUACCUUCAUAACAUCGAUCAGUAACGAGUCGUUUAAUUACGGUUUCAAUUUAUUGGACAUGCUCAAAAUCGUGGAAGUGUAUCAAAAAGGGAAAAACAACAAGCAUGCAGAUGUUUUGAAAAAAAUUCUGUACAACAUUAAUGAGUUAAGUUAUCUCAUCUUUUCAUAUAGGAAGCCACUCAUAGUGUACUGUAACGGUAGCGUUCGAGGCUCCGGAGGGUUCAUACCCUUCCUUGCUAAUAACAGCGCUUCAUAUUUUCAUUCCUCAUAUGCCUACACCAAUUUGAAGUACUCCUUUUUGCCCUAUGGUGGCAUCUCCUACGUGCUAGCCAAUUUGAGAGGAUCUAUUGGAUUCUACUUAGCCCUAACAGGCCAGGUAAUCCAAUCUGCGGACCUUAUGUGGUGCGGUUUGACAAAAAGGUGGCUAGCAGAAGACUGUCUAGAGCUAAUGGAACUCACAUCAGAAUCGCAACUAGAGGUGUCCGAACAAGAUGCCAACCUCCUUUUGGAAGAACAUUUUUUGAAAGUCCCAAAAAUCUAUACCUUAAAAUGUUACGAAGAAAUAAUUCACGACCAUUUUAAGUACCCCUCUCUGAUGCAAAUUAUGGCUAAGCUAGAUGCAUCUAGGAAAAGAACCCAUUCUGAUGAACGGGUUCGCCUCUGGGCAGAAAAAACAUACCAACAGAUCUGUUCGCAGCCACCUAUAGCGGCACAUCUAACAUUUGAAAUUCUCCACCUACUUAGAACCCACAAAAUGGACCUACUCAAAAAAGCCCAAGUCACAAAAAAGCUAUAUAAUCAGAUGAUACAAAAUAGUUACAAGGUAGUUCCAACCACAAAGGAAGAAGUAAGCUUAGCUGAACUCAAGCUUACCAUCGAUUCGGAGCUCCUCAUAAAAGCAUUAAAUAUUGAAACCAAUGCCAUAGCGAAUUUCAUUUCCUGUCCGGAUCUCCUUAAUGGAAUCACCUCCUACUUGGUUAAAGACACGGAUCACUCCUUCAAAUGUACCUACCUGAAUAACUCCCUUCUUGAGACGAAGAAGGAUAUAAUCCAUUAUUUCCUUUUUUACAAAAAUGAUUACGAGUUUACUGUACAUGACAGACCCGACAUAAGUUUCUCCAGUUUGAGUGUCCUCGAUCGAUGUAAUCAGCCCUAUGGUUCACGCGACCGACACUUUUACGCAGAGCAGAGCAAACGAUGGAGCGACGACUAUCUGAAGGACCAACUGAACGAGAUUAACAAACUCGCCCUAUGA